UAUGAAAACGCUAUAUUGAAAGCCAACAGUGUGAAUGAAACCUAAUGAAGUGUGGGAAUGUCUGCAUAACCUUGAGUCUUGUUACCUUUAAACUCGUUUUCCCAGAGCAAUUCUCGAAUUCUUUUUUUCUAACAAAUAACGAAUCCAUGAAUCGGAAAUUGUAAUGUAAGCGCAUUCGUGUAAGCGGCCCAUAACGGAAAUUGAAACAAAUUUCCAUCCCUUGAACUCUGCGACAUGUAGGCACGUACAUAUGAAAGAGAAGCAAGAAACUAGAAAUUUUAAUUUACACAUGUAGUUUGUGCUUCGCAUAUUAAGAGAAACAUAAUGGCAACAGCUCUACAGAAUAUUUCUACUUAUAAUCGGUACUUUAUACAAGUGAGAUUCGUUACCUGAACAUUGUAAAGUCACAAAACUAUUUAUAUACAAGAACAUUAACAAGUGUUGUAUUAGGAGAAAGCCCAUUGGGACAUUGUGCAAUUUUAAUGAUACGCUGUGUAAUAUAUAAAAUCACUGAGAGCAAGUGGCCUGUUUGUGUGAGAUCAAGGCGUAUGACACAAAUAUAAAUAUAUCGUUCGAUAUAUCUCUAUCUAUAUAUAGAUCUGACAUUUCUAACAUCUGAAUAUUAAUUCUUAGCAUUUUGUAAGUUGCUCCAAAAUAAAGUGCAAAAUAUCUCUUUUUUUCGAAUAAAAUUUUCAUUUAAAGUUGAUGGUAACAUAAUUUUAGUUAACAAAUUACAAAUAAAGGACAGAGAUCUUUAUGCUUACCGACUUUUUUAUUGAAGAGGUAAAGGAUUUAUUGGAGCGAGAUCGUGCUGGUGGAGGAAAAUAUAAAGAAGGAAAAUAUGAAACAUAAAGAGUUAGGAAGAAUACAAAGUUAAAAAAAUAUGUGGACAGAAACGGAAAAUUAAUAUUCAGGAUGAACAAAAACACAAAAAAUUUCCAUUAAAUUUUGGUACGGAAAUAAAAGAUAUUAAAUACAGAAAUGUAAGAUAUUAAAAAAAAGAGUCAACAGAUAUUAAAAACGGCGAAAUUGGGCACAAAUUUAAAGAGUUUAAAAAAUACAUAAACAAAAUUCUUUGAGUUCUCUAAGAGAUUGUAACCAAAAAAUAUUUCACACAGAAAAAAAGCCUGGAGUUGGUCCUCUCAUAGCCUGGGAUUGCUUUUCAUCAUCAGGAGUUGCAAAACUGGUUAAAAUUGACUGCUAGUUGACUAAUGAGCUCAUGACAUGAUGACAUAUUAAAGGGAACGCUUUCGCAAAGUACUGAGGAAAUGAGUUUGAGUAAUUAUAUAUUUCAACAGGAUAAUGAUCUCAAGCACAAGAGCAGGAUAGCACAGCUGUUUUUUAUGAAAUUAAGAACAAUUGCUUUAUAAAGCACUUUAUUUUGUCCAAUGUAAGAAAUAAGGGCGGCCAAUGACUUAAUUCUUGUGUACAGUUUAAGAAAUUAGUUAAUAUAAAUAUUUAUUUUAAAUUCUUUCGAAAUUAAGUAAAAAUUGUCAAUUCACUUUGAAGAUAUCUUUAUAUAUUUACAAUGCCUCACAAUAGUACGAGAGCUAGCAACGUCAAAAAAACAAGAAUUUCAGGUAGGCCAGUUUUUAGAUAUACUGUCUCUCUCACUCCCCCGGACUUCAUACAGGCUAUCUGGCUGGCGGUAGCGGUUGCGUUCAUCAGUGCGCAUCGUUCCUAUACAGGUAAAAUAUUAUAAUUUCAAAUCAUUUUAAGAAGUUUUUUUUUUAAUAUUUUUAUUAAACAAUUCUCAACAUAAACUUAUUAUUGCCAGAUAUUUUUGAUGUUGUUUAAACGGUGCCAAACGCCUACGUUAGGUUGAAAAUUACUAAAAGUGGGUUAACUAACUAACGAAAAACGUCAGAAACACUAAAUUUUGCAGAAGAAAUAGCAGAAGGGAGCUGUACUCAGAUUUUUUUACAAAAUGGCAAAUGGGCGUGGCAUCGCCCACUUAUGGGUCAAAAACCAUAUCUCAGGAACUACUCGACCGAUUCGAAUGAAAUUCGGUAUAUAAUAUUUUCUUGACACCCUGAUAACACUGACAACGAAAUCGGUUCACACCCACUACUACUUUCCUUAUAACUCAAUUUUGAAUUCCAUCUUAUUCCUUAACUUUAUAAUUUAAACAUAAGGAACCAAUGAAGAUAACGGAAUAAAACUUUACACAAAUAGUGCAUAUUAUCUUUGGCUUCACUUGUGAAAAAAUUGUCGAAAACGGACCAUAACUUUUCAAGGCCCCAGAUAUCGAACAUGUUGAACUCAGCGCCUAAGGAUAAAUUUUAACCGAAAAUAUGGGUAAAUCUCUCAGAUAUCUCAAUUUAAUUCAGAGGAAAUUGUUUUCUUCUAAUAGUGUGUCUCUGUUCCAAAAAUUAUUAAAAUCGGGUCAUAACAUUUCCAUAUACCUCAUUGUAGGUUUUUCAAAAAUACGGUGAGCUUUAUUCCGCAUAUAUGUAUGUAUUGGUUAAAUUUCUUCAAUAAAUUGCGAGAGUAUAAAAUGUUCGGUAGUGUCCGACCGAUACCAAAAUUUUGGCCGAUGCCGAUGCCGAUGCCGAUUAAUCGGCCAGUUGGCAAAGAAUCGGCCGAUGCCGAAGCCGAUGCCGAUUCUUUCAUCAACAACAUUAUUUAGUAAAUUAGUAUGGUAACAAAAUAAAAACAAAGACACAUAACAUCACAAAAUAGGUAAACAACUCAAUUCAUAUGUAAAUAUGAAGUUGUUUAAUGAUUUAAUUAAUAUUCAAAACUAAAUAAAUUAGUAUUAUAAGAUAUAUGUUGAUGGAACAAAUAAGUUAUUUGCGUUUUCUCAAAGCGAAUCUGCAAUCAGCAAUAUCGCUUUUUUCCUUUAAGGGGGUAUACCGGUGUGACAUUUUCAAAAAAUCGAUUUUUUAUUUUUUGCUUAUUCGAAAGUUUAUAAUUUCAAAAAUAUUCUGUGAAAGGUAAGGUCGUAUCUUGAAUAGUUUUUGAAUGGCAGCGUUCUAAAGAGCAAUCGCUCACAUGUAUUAGCCGCUAUAGUCGAAACUUUAAACGCGUUUUUCUCGAAACGACUUUUCACAAAAUUACUGACAUCAUAACUCAACGAGAUAUUGACCGAUCAACUUCAAAUUUAAACUGAAUGUUCUUGAAUAUAUUUACUAUACAAUGACCUACGAUCUUUUUGAUUUGUUGAAAAUUGUCAAUUUGGCAAUUAAAAAACGACCAUUUUUUACCUAAAAAUCGAUUUUUUUCAGAACUACGCCAUUUUGUUAAUGUUUGAUAUCUUUCAAUAAUCGUAGAUCAUUGUAUAGGGAAUAUAUUCAACUUUAAUAACCUUUUUAAAUUUUUGUGUUUCAGUUACUCAUUCGGCCGGAAUCAUGUCAGCAGUAGGGGAACUUUUUUUUUGGCACCUCCCAAGACAACCCAUAACUCCUUUAUUUUUUCAAAAUUUUUGUAAAAUAAAAAUUUUAAAAUAUAGUUGAAAGUACACCUUAUUAUGUCCAAAAAAAUUCGAAACAUUCGACCGAGUACUUUCUUUAAAAAAAUUAACUAAAAUCUUCCAUUUUUCAUGGGCUACACUGGGUUACCCCUUAAGGACAAAUAUGAGCAUUAAGGCCAAUAUUCGAAAAUAGUAGGUCUAGUAAAAAGAAUCCGUUAUUUUCAAAGAGAUGACAUUUGUCAUUUACAUCUCACAUUGUGAAAGGCGGCAAAUAGUAAUAGUGACUCAAUAGAAACUUCGGAAGCUUAUUUGGGAGGUUCUUUUCCAUGCACCUUAUAGUCCAGGCCAGCACCAAGUGAUUAUUACGAAACUUUUAAAAAUAAAUUAACCUAGUUACGAAUGCUUCUAUAAUAUCAAAAACUUUAACACUAAACAUACAUACGUCGGUUGUAUACCGACAUCUACCACAACGGGUCAUUUGACCCGGAGAGAAUUUUUCUGUUUUAUGAGAUUAUCGAGUCAUAUUUGUAAUCAGUAAGUUGCACAUUCUUCCAAAGACUGUUGCGUAAAGUAGUUCAACGAAAAUAGCUCAGAAUAAUUUCAAGAAAAUAUCAAAUUUUAGAUUGAAACUAUGAGCAGAAAUAGUUUUACCGAAAUUCUUAGAUUUAUUCGUUUUGAUAAAAAAGUCAGUCUCUCCAAGUUUUUUUCAACAUCCUUGAUUUAGCUGUCAUAAAUGCCUGGAUUUUGUACAAGCAAACGAUAGGAGAAAAUAUCUCGGGAAAAGAUUUUUGACUCAAGCUAGCAGAAGAACUUAGCGCCGAUUUUCGAGAAGCCCGUGAACAACCAAAACAAGAAAAAAAUACGAAAGGAUCGUUGCCUAAGUCUACUACAGAUGCUUAUAAACGUAUGAGAUGUCAAAUAGGAUAAUGUAAAGAAAAUAAAACUAACAAAAUUUUCUCUAAAUGUAAAAAAUAUGUUUGCGGAAAAUGUACAAUGGAAACACUUUAUGUAAAAAAUGCGAUGAACUAUGAAUUAAAAUUUUUUAUUUUUUGCUUUUGUAAUAGAAAUGCUCAACAUACUAUUCUGUUUAAUUAUAAUAAAUUUAAUUUAUAUUUUUAUUUCCUUCCUAACAUCCAUAUUCUCAUACAUUCAAGCAUGAAACAUACAGUCGGGUCAUUUGACCCGCUAUAUAUUAAGUCUUGGUUUGAUUAGUGUUAAACAAAACUGUGCAUAUUUGACAUACAUCGAAUGUUUCUAGCAGUACUAAAUAAAACCUUUCAUUAAUGAAAAAUUAUUGAAUUUCUUUAUACUAGACUUAAAAUAUCACCAUGAUGAAAGAAGUAGAAAGAAUCGGCUAAGAAUCGGCCAAAUAUGGCCGAUGCCGAUGGUUAAUUUUGUGGCCGAUACUGGCCGAUGCCGAUACCAAGGUCGAUUAAUCGGUCGGUCUCUAAUGUUCGGUUGCACCCGAACAUAGCCUUUCCUUACUUGUUUGAAAUAAUUUUUAUUGACUACAAGCAGCUGUUGUCGUUUAAUAAAAAAUAGGCGUUUGGCACCGUUUAAACAACAUCAAAAAUAUCUGGCAAUAAUAAGUUUUUGUUGAGAAUUGUUUAAUAAAAAUAUAAAAAAAAAACUUCUUAAAAUGAUGCGCACUGAUGAACGCAACCGCUACCGCCAGCCAGAUAGCCUGUAUGAUGUCCGGGGGAGUGAGAGAGAUAGCAUAUCUAAAAACUGGCCUACCUGAAAUUCUUGCUCAAAAACGUUGCUAGCUCUUAGACUACAAUAUGAGAGUCUGGAAGAGGUAUCAAAAGUGAAGCCACAAAAACUUUUAAAAUUCGCGUCAAUCGCAGGCAUCCUAAAGGAUGACUACUCCUCGUGGACAACGUGACGGCACUCCAUCUGGUAUCGCAAAGGACCUAAAUAGGUCUAUGUGAGGCCUACCAGUAUAACCUAACCUAUAUAUUUACAAAUUUACAAGCACAUAAUAUUGGUGCUUACGCUUUGCACUAUUAUUUCCGAUAGUGUACAUACAUCCAUAAUACGUACGUAAAUUUUCUGUGCGUCAGAAAAGUUUAUGUCUCAAUUAAAAGUAAGUUCAGAAAUUAAAUAAAAAAGGAAGAAAAUCUAAUCAAUAUUACCCAUCAAUAUAGUAUUAUUUGACAACAAUAUUGAACGCUGUCUCUAAUUAUAAUGGUGCUUCAAAUUUACAGAAAGUUCUUUAAAAUCCUUCACUGUAACAUUUUUAUUCUGAGUUUAUCUUUCUAAGUUCAUCGUUCAGACCUACACACCCUUUCAUUAAUUUUAGCGGCUGUUUUAUGUUGCGGAGAUAAUCACAAUUGAUUCUUACUUAUUAUGUAUAUUCGUAUAUACUAAAAAUUCGAAAACUAACCAUUGUGCACCUUUUCUAUUGUUGUUCAAUCAACUUUCCGUCAUGUUUUGGAGAUGUUUUUCUGCAGCUGGAGUAGGAAAACUUUAUCCCAUCACUGAAAUAUUAAAUACCAGGAAAUUCAGUGAUAUUUUAAGAAAAAAAAAUUGUCAAAGUGCAGAUAAUCUUGGGUUUGGGGAUCAAUAUCUGUUUCACCAAGAUAAUGACCCCAAAUAUUUAGCGGUGGAUACUCGUCUUUGGAUCUUCUACUACUGUCCAUUUUACCUAAAACCAACCCCGCAAAGCCCAGAUUUAAUCCCAAUUGAAAAUUUAUGGUCUAUCGUUAAAAUUGGUUGAAAAUUUACAAUGUCUGCCAUCGAUUGGUUAACUGCUAUAGACAAGCCAAUCGAACAAACUUUCAAAAUUUGCAUACGAACUGGCAGCAUUAACUCUUCUAACACCGUCAAUGUCUUACGUUUUCUGCAACAAAUUGAAUUUUUAUUAAAGUUUUUUAUUCAAUAAAUUCAAUACAAAAAUACUUACGAUUUAUCUUCGCCAAUUUUUAUUAUUUUGACAGUAAUUUGUCCUUGGAGCCGUUCACAAUAGUAAAAUAUAGUUAAAUGGUUCUAAAAUGUGUAAAACAAAACUUGGUAGCACUCAGCAAGCGGCGAAAGAAUUUUUAAUGAGGCUACGCUACAUACGCUCCUGCACGAAUUCAACUAGAUAACUUUGUUGUUCCUUUCACAUGUAAAAUUUUUUACAGGCGAGCAGCGCUCAAAGAUAGCGAGCAGAGAAGUGACCAAUUGAUGGCAGCUAAUAUUAGGAACGGGAACAACUUUGUAUAGGAAGUGGCAGAAGUUAUCCCCCAAACUUACGAAAAAGUUGUAGAAAUCAAUGCAAAGGCAAUUGUACGAAAUUAUUAAACAGAAAUUAUAUCUCACUAAGUAUUAAUUUUAAUUUAUGCUAUUGAUUAUAGGUAUCAGUUAGGGGUGUACGUUACGGAUUUUGCGUGGGUUUAUGCUAUAUUUUGGUUUUUUUGUGGAAAUAUUAUUUACUUUUAUAUAAAAAUCAAUACAUUUGGCAUUCUGCAGUCAUUUUUCUUCCGAAUCUAGUUUUUUAUUUUCAAAAUUGUUUUGAAAAUGUAUAUUUUCGCUGAAAAAAUAGGGUGUACGAAUAUGGAUUUUGCAUACUGUAUGUUCGUUGCAUACAAACAUAUAUACAGAUUUGUAAAUAAUUUUAUAUUUACGUAUGUAAGUAUGUAUGCACAUAAGCGCAUCUCCUAGUGGCGUCAUAAACAUCUCGAUGAAAUAAAAAAUACGUGAGCAGAAAUUUUGAUAGCGAAUAAACGCAAAUGCAAUGAAUACUUGGAAAAUUUACUUGUUUGUGAUCGAGAAGCACUUCAACUCAUUUUUUGAAUGAGAAGAUGAAGAAUACAUACUACAAAACAAGACAAAAGGAUUUUUGCUGAACAUGUUUCUAUGAUCUUGGAGAAAUUUGAGCGCAUCGAAGCAAGAAUGGCAAUGCAGCAUUUAAUAGUUAGAUGCGGGCGUACUGUUGCACCGUUAGUGCACACUUGCACUUACAGACUUAUCUAAGAUAUUACAAAGUUACACUGAAUUUUCCACAAAGGCAUUCUGGCAUUAGAGACAGCAUAAAACAGAGCCACAUUCAAUCCGUGAUAUGCUCAUUUAUAUGUAUGUACAUAUGCCUAAAAAUCGGAAAGAACUAUAGAACUGUUGUCGAAAGCGAUCGCACAAAAGAAAGGUAUGCACGAGUCACGUAACGGAUAUUUCCCAAUUGAUAUUCGAUAAUCGCAUACACAUGCCCAGCACUUGUACACACCCACACACACACACACUCGUCUCACCUGCAUAUGCAUAGUUGUUGUUGGUUCGAUCGCGCAAAAACAAAGCAGCAAUGAAAACAUUAAAAAUGGAAAGCCAAUGCACACAAUGAAAAUGUCACUGGAAGUCAGUCAGUCGAAGGAGAAGCAUAAUGUAACCAAAAAUAAAUACAACAAUUGAGGUGUGGGUGAGCAAGCGUACGCGUGUGUGUGUUUGUGUUGAGGUGUACUACGAGUAUGUAAAUAAUGAUGGUCGUCGGAUAGUAAGUACCGCAGAUUUGACUCUACAAUAAAUAUCAAAGAACUCUUGACUAUUCCAUCGACAACUUUGUAUUACCCCCGAUCUUAUGCCAUACAUAUGUAUGUACAUAUAAUAUGAUAGUGUUUGUGUGUAGUUCUGCUUGUUGUAAGCGGUGAUUAUUUGGCCUGCACUUGGCUUGUUGCGCACGCGCAUGCGCAUAAAUUAAGACGAAUAGCAAACGAAGGAAAUCAAUACAAACAAACAUUUGAUGAGCACUUAUUUACACACAUACAUAGAUAUGUACAUAUUACCAGCCAGUAACAAACUUAAGUUGACAGCGUGCAUUAAGAAGACAAAAGGCGCAUUGAUAGCAAAGAUAAACUAUAAAAACUUACAAAUUGCAUGCAACAUACAUAUGCACAUAUGUAUGUACAUAAGUAUGUAUGCAAAUACAUAUGCAUUUUUCUUACACUAUUCGGAAAAUAUCAAAUAUUACGCGUGUUAUGCAUGUGCUUAUGUGUGUAUGUCUGUGAAUACCUGUAUUUAAAACCGUAAUUCCAAUGGUUUUGAACUUUGUCCGCAUAGUCGGUACAUCUAUACGAUUGAUAACUACAUAAAUUCGUACAAUGUGUUUGAAUAAUUUUUUAUGUUAAUAUACGAUCGUAGAUAAAACCGAUCAAAAAAGUUGAAGUUUUGAUUCCCUCUAAAAAAUGUGUUUUCUACAAUUUCUGUGUUUAUAAUUGAAUGUUUAAUUUAUUAAAUGUUUGUAUAUCUACCACUACAAAUAACUUACGACAUUUUUUUAAACUAAUUUUAAAAUGUAUUACACUUAAUAACAUACAGUGGAACUUCCAUAACUCGAACUUUGGAAUUAUAGCGUUUAGAAAUCAAAUUUCAUACUAAUUUCCUUCCAUAACUUAAACUUCGCUAACUCGAAGUUUUCCAUAACUCGAACUCUUAAAUUGGCAAUAGAAGUUAAAUUUCAUACAAAUUUCCUUCCAUAAAUCGAACUUUUCGACCAGGUCAUAAUACAAAAUUUAAAAUUUUACUAUAUAUCGUAUUGAGGCGAACAAAAAAUACUAUAUUACUCUUAUGGAUUGCAUAAAUCAUGUAACAAAGGCAUGGGAUGCAGACGUCAAGAGCCUAACAACAGCAAACUGCAACAAACAAAAUCACAUAAAUACAUAUUUUAAGGUACAUAUGUACACAAAACUUUAUGCGAAAUAAAUUUUUUUAGAUUUGUUUUAAUUUACACCCGAAGUCUCAAACUCGAAGUUUUUUGUGGAUUAAGGUGAGUCGAGUUAGGAAAGUUCAACUGCAUGUUUUAAGAGAAAUGGGAUUAUAAAACUCAAGAUCAAAUUUAUCCAAUAUUUUUCGAAAUAAAUGGUGAUCCAUUUCGAGGUUUUUAAAGGAAGAAAAUUCAAAUUUAAUGGGGAAUGUUUAUUAUGAUUUUAAGUAACAUUCUUAGGCAUUUAUUUUUGAAAGAUUUUCUCUUUCAAAUGUUGGCGGCGGAUACGUCUCAGAUGGUCCAUCCGUUGAGUUCAAUUUUUGAUUUUCGUUUGAGCAUUUCGACCGGUAACUGGCGAAUGACACGGGUGCUCCAAGACCUGAUUCCACCGGCCCAAAAACCAUAUCAAACCGUUGUUUUUUCUCGAUGAAAUGACAGUUCUUGAAUCUCUUCACGUUGCUCUUGUUUUAAAUGGACCUCUUAUGUUCACCAUAAGUUGGGCGAACCGCGGAAAACAUAUUCUUUACAGAACUCGAAUUUUCGUAAUAAAGUUGAAAAAAGCGUAUGUCUUUCCAUGAUGAAAUGCCCAAUAUAUGCAAUUUAAUUGGCGUUUAAGUUUCUUCUUCGGUUUUGAAUUUCAGUAAACUAUUUACUGCAUGAACUAUGUAUAACUUAGAUUAUAUUAUACUCAGUUUAAACCACAAACAUAGAACAGCUAAGGCUCCAGCCGCCAAUCAAUACAAAAUAUAAAAAAUAGCACGUACAAGGAUAACCAAAUCCGCAGAAGGAGCAUAUUUCAAAUUAUACAGAAAUGUCCGUGCACGGAAUUACAAUUACUUAAGGACUGUGAGAAGAUCACGAACACAUCUAUACUCUCACUCGUUUGAAUGCGAGCAUGUGUGUAAGUGAGUUUUUCCGGCUGAGAGCGAGCAACGUCUGUUGUGCGGGAGUAGUUGUAUUGAAGCGUGGUAACAACCAAUAGCGUUACUAUAUAACCAUUGAAAUACUUGUUGUUGUUGGUUUAUAACUAUCAACAACAAGUGCUUUUGGUCUGUUUUUAUAUGUUGCGUUGCAUUAUUCCUUUUAUUUUUUUUUUUUUGCUGUUCCAACAGUGAGUUUCAUACGAUUUAUACGAAUUUCAAAGUUUUGUCGUUGUCGUUUGAGCGCACUUAAAGCGAUUCAUACUGAGCGAUCAGUUGAGUUUCAGCAUUGGCAACGGUCAGACGCAAAUUGUCGAUUCGAAUGCCCAAUGAUCGUUAAAGUGAAUUGCUGGCGGUGAUUAAUUUUCAAAUCGCAUUACGUUGUAUUUAUGUAGUUAUAAAAGCUGUCAACAACCUGAGGAGUAACCGCUUGGUGCCAAUAUGAAUUUUAAUUACUAAAAAGCGAACUAAGAGCGCGCUCAAAGGACUGAGAAGAGACGUGGCGUGUGUGUGUGUUAUGAUAAACGCUUGUGUUUUGUGUGCGUAAAAAAUAUCAAAUAUAACAAAGUAAGCAGCAGACGCUCUAACUACCGAACGGCCGGCCGUGAGUCGUAGUUAAAUCGUAGGCACGCGCAUUCGCGCCAAUUCUUUACAUAAUCCGCCGCGACAAUUCCAUUCCGUAUACGCCAAAUACAACACUACAAAGAUGUCCAAAAUCAGACUGAAAGCAAUACUUCGCAGUGCGCCAAAUUGGUUUUGGUUGUUGUUCGUGAUCACUAUCUGUGUCUGCCCGCCUUAUUUGUCAAUGGCCAAAAGUUUGGGUGACAGCCAAGCAGCGCCGGUUGUACGAAACGCUGAGGUGGUCAAUGUUACCCUGAGCCCUAGCGUUACACUCACUAAACAGAGCGUUUUGCCAAACACAGACGUACGUCUCACCUGCCUGCUUAAGGGUGCCAUUAAGUGGUACAGAGAUGAUGAGUUCCUCAGCGGUAAUCGUCUGUUGGUACUGAAGGAGGUACAAACGAAGGAUGCCGGUGUGUACAGUUGCCAGGCAGAACAAGUGUCACUCGGCCCCAAAUACGUUAGUGUAGCGCUGAGUGUCAUUGGACCGGAGCUGGCAACCCCACCUAACCUUGCCGAGGAAGAUAUAGCUGACUUUAGCAAAGUUGAAGAUGAAAUGGAGGCGCGUUUACGACUGGAUCGCAAUGAUUCCGAUUCUGUGGAAGAUGUUGUUGAAGCGGAAUUACAAACAAAAGACUCGAGGAAUAACAACGCCACUGCUUUGAAAAUUAUACAUCUUCCGAAUCCAGGUCCGCCACAGUUUCAACAGAGCUCUAAACUUAUCGAUAGUUUACAACAACCAAUUGGUAGUUUCGUUCAAUUGAGCUGUCCCGCUUUGGGCAAUCCAUUGCCGGUCAUUACUUGGUUUCAUGAUGCCACAAGAAUAAAUCUGACGCCAUUGCGUUUUAGAUUAAAGAAAUGGUCACUUCUUAUUGAGAACUUAACUACUGCGGACUCUGGCGUCUAUACUUGUAAAAUCAAUAAUAAAUUCGGCGCUAUUGAACAUAAUAUGCGCUUGCAGAUCGUGAGACCACAACUGCGCUCAGCCAGUCCACUCAUAGUGAAUAGUAAGCCAGCCAACAAAACUGCUGCGCUCAAUAGCGAUACACAGUUCGAGUGUCAGGUUCAAUCUCCAACCGCUGUGCAGAUCCGCUGGAUCAAGCAUCAGCAAAGACUUAACGCGGAUGAGCUCUCUUCAAACUUGACAAAAAAUGUAAUCGACUUGACAACUAAUCCUGAGAAUCCAAACGUUUUAAAGUUGGAAAGAGUGCAGUUGGCGGAUGAAGGUUUUUACACUUGCAUUGCUACAAAUGAAGCAGGGAAAGCCAUGGCCACAGCUUAUUUAGCAGUUAUACAGCAGACGAGUACUUCGAUUACAACCAAAAACAAACUCGUCUUAUCAGAGAAACAUGCAGCGCAUUCUGCGGAAACUGCAGGCAGCACUGUGCCGGAGAAGGAAAACGAAAGACUAAUUGAAGCUGUUGCGGAAAGUAAGGAUGCCAACGAUGUAAAUGACGACACCGAAGCAGUUGAAGAAAGUCCGCCACGUUUCAAAAAAGCCGACAAAUUGGUUAGAGCUUUGCAUAAGCCAGCGGGUUCAACAAUACAACUGGCCUGUCCCGCCAUCGGUAAUCCAUUGCCCAACAUAACGUGGACACGUAGUGCAGGGGACGCAAAUUUCACUGAAAUUAUGCGUCACAUCGGAAAAGUCACAUACAAAAAGUGGUUGAUGCAAAUGGAUGAAGUGAUUGCCGAAGACUCUGGUGUCUACAAAUGCACUCUCUGCAAUAAUUUGGGAUGCAUAGAGCAUUCAACAAAAUUGACAAUAAUGGAUCGUCUACGUUCGCGCCCCAUACAUAGUGACAAGUUUCCACAAAAUCAAACCGUUUUAACCAACAGCAGUGCAUACUUUGAAUGCCGCGUUGUUUCGGAUCUGGAGCCACAUAUAUUCUGGAUAAAAUAUAAGCAGAAAAAUGAAAGUAUCGAGAAUUUGGAGCGCCUUUUCACUAAAGCCAAUACCAACACCAAUGGUUAUCAGCCAACUGCAGAAGAUUUUAUCAAGCUCAAUGGUGAUCCCGAUAGACCGAACAUACUACGGUUGUUGAAUGUCACGCAUGCCGACGAAGGCUGGUACACAUGUGUAGCCGCCAAUAAUCUGGGCGAAGCCGUGAAAAGUGGCUAUUUGCAUGUUGUUGACAAGUUACCCAGUCGUGAAGUGUACAUGCUGUGGCGUGCGCAUCCCGUCUGGAUGACAGUGGCCGCCAUAGUGAUUGUAUUGCUCUUCCUCUUCGGUUCCAUAUUUAUAAUUUAUGUGCUACGUAAACUGAAACAUGAGAAAUUACUGAAGCAUCGUAUCGAAACUGUGCAUCAAUGGACAAAGAAAGUCAUUAUAUAUAAGCCGUCUUCUUCGGAGGGCAGUUCAUGCGAUCUACAGAUGCCAGUGAUUAAAAUUGAAAAACAACGUACCACCUUUCAAGCGUCGAAUUUAGAUCCGUCACAAGCCUUCAAUGAGUAUGAAUUUCCGCUCGACUCCAACUGGGAAAUACCACGCACACAACUUAAUCUGGGCUCGACGCUGGGCGAAGGUGCAUUCGGACGUGUUGUAAUGGCAGAAGCAUGCAAUUUGCCACGUACCGUCAACAACUCAUCCAGCAUUGUUGCCGUGAAAAUGGUAAAAGACGAACACACCGAUGCCGAUAUGGCGAGCUUAGUGCGGGAAAUGGAAGUGAUGAAAAUGAUCGGCAAACAUAUAAACAUCAUCAACUUGCUUGGGUGUUGCACACAAAAUGGUCCGCUAUGGGUCAUAGUGGAGUUCGCGCCGCAUGGUAAUUUAAAGGACUUUCUGAAAAAGAAUAGACCACUGUUCGUUGGCAGUCCGAGCUUGCAACGCAGUAGCGAUUGUUUGGAAGACAUGCCCCAGUUGACAGAGAAAAAUCUGGUCUCAUUCGCAUUUCAAAUUGCACGUGGUAUGGAGUACCUCGCCUCGCGUAGAUGCAUUCAUCGCGAUUUAGCGGCGCGCAAUGUGCUCGUGAGUGAUGACUAUGUCAUGAAGAUAGCCGAUUUCGGUCUGGCGCGCGACAUACAAGACACCGAAUACUACAGAAAGAAUACAAAUGGCCGUUUACCCAUCAAGUGGAUGGCGCCAGAGUCGCUGCAGGAAAAGUUUUACGAUUCACAAUCAGACGUGUGGUCUUUCGGUGUGCUAUUGUGGGAGAUAAUGACAUUUGGCGAGCAGCCCUAUCCCAAUAUCAUGUCUGCAGAGGAGCUCUACAGCUAUCUAAUAACCGGGCAACGCAUGGAGAAGCCAGCACGUUGUUCACUGAAUAUUUAUAUGCUAAUGCGUCAGUGCUGGCAUUUUGACGCCAACGUGCGACCAACAUUUGUUGAGAUUGUUGAGAAUUUAGACAAGAUACUACAGUUGGCAUCAAAUCAUGCCACCAAUGAGGAGUAUUUGGAUCUAUCCAUGCCCAUGUUGGAGACACCACCGUCGUCGAGUGACGAUGAAUCCGAACCGGAGACUUUUCAAGAAACUUCCCCCUUACGCUACCAAUACACAUACAAAUUUAAUUAAAUACAAUAGCGUUUAUGUAUUAUACGAAGCGUAUAAAGCAAAGUAAGGCUUAUAAUCACAUAUCAAAUACUCUGUACAUACACAUUAAUAUAUUUGUGCGGCGCAAUAACAAAAGUAGUAUUUAAAUCCUAUUACUAAGUGCAAAUAUGUAUAUGUAGUACGAGUAUAAAAACGAAAAGACUUAAUCUAGCGCAUGUUAGCUGGUAAAUUUAAGUUAUCGAUUGCACUGUGAGACAAAUAACUCUUAAAAUGCAUACAUACGAACGAGUGUAUGUAAAUUGGAAACUGUAAUUUAAGUGCAUGUUAAGAACCGUAUUUUAUGUAAACGAUUAUUAUUUGUGUAGUAUUUAAGCGUAAUUUUACUUUUUCAUCCAAAGUAUUGUUUUAAUUUUGUACAACGAAAUACUUAAAAACUCAACGCUACCAAAUACUAUGGAUAAAUUGCUAUCAAUUAAAUUAUUGCAGAGAUUUAUACUUAAGUUGCACCUCAACCAACUCAAUGCAGUAAAAGCAAAUUGUUUUAUUAUGAGAUUAUAUGCAAUAAAGUGCCAUUUGAGUACCGUUUUUUUUAAA